GGAGGUAAGAUCCGCGGGAAGAAACAAACAUGAAGCCUCCGAUUCCGAAUAGGCAAAUAAUUUUUGUGUUUAAUGAAGUAAGAUUACUGAAGCUCCAACUACAGAAGAUUUGUGACAGAAUCAGAACUAUACAGAAUGAUACUUUAGUUAGAAACCCGUCUGUUUUCCCAGUCAUUGUGACAGAGGACAAGAUUGGAUGCAAAUCAAAUAUAAGCUGGUUAGACCUUGAUAAUGAUUUGAUGACUGAAAUAGACAGAAUACAGGAUUUAUCAAGGGAAGAAAACGUCUGUGUUGCUGAUAAGAUACAUGAUGCUGUGGAUUCUCUCCCCUUCACUGGUAAUAUCAUAGAUGUCUAUAUAGAACAAGGUGUUUUUAAUUCUCUGAGGUCAGAACAUUCGUACCAGCUUUUUGGAGCACUGCGAAGGCUAAAGGAUUGGCACAAUGCUGUAAUAACAUUUGUUAAGACAGAAAGUUGUGUAGAGUCUGAGGAGAUGCAAGGUAUUCAAAGACUGCUAACUGCAUCAAGUCUUGAGGAGGAAGACUCCCGAUUGAGAGAGGCUGCUGAUGUUAUCUGGAGAGGCAAACUCUCCGUCAUUGAUAAAACAAUUAACAGAGGAUUUAUUCUGCCUGGCUUUACGAUCUUACGACAUGACGUCAGCUGCAGACAGCUAGACUAUGAAACCUUGAAGAAUCGGGUAUUUGGUAGGAUGUUGGAACUGCUAGAUGAAGUUGACAUUUCCUCCAUUCCUGUCUUUUACUUCACUGGGUUGCAACUGCAUCUUAGUUUACAUGACCCACAUCCACAGUCCCGGGCUAUGCUGGAGCUGGUCUCUAACAUGGAUUCACAAUGUGGCUAUUUGUGUCGUCUGGCUUGCUACUCUGAGGGAAUUGAUAUACCUUCUACAGCUGAGAAGUACCUUAGUACAUCAUCGUGGAAAGACAGCAUCAUCAAUGACAUUACAUUUGUACAAGAGCCAGAGGAGGAUUUCUUGCAGCCCUUUGAAUUCACCUUUUUUCUUCUCACUAAAAAUCCUGACAAAUGCAGCUCACUGAAGUUCAAUUUACAUAUGAUGAAGUCUGCUUCACAGAUCAAUGGCUUUCUUAGUAAACACCUGCUGAUGAGAAAUAUAUUGUACCCACACAAAAACACUCAGGAAUUGAAUGAUGACCCCCUUGAAAAUCUCCCCGUUUUCAGCAGUGAGGUCAUGUCAGUUAUCAGUGAUAUACUGAAUAAUGAGCAGAAGAAAUUGUUCAUGCAAUUAGACGGUGACAGUCCUUCAUUUCUUGAAGAUGUUGAAUCUGUGCAAAUAGCAUUAACCGACAUACAAGGGAAGAUUCUAGAAGAAGUUAAAAAUGGUUUACCUCUUUAUAAAGGAUCAUGUGAUGAACAUUCAGAUUUAGAGAUGGAGAUUUCAGGUGGCUGUCCAGCUGAGCUACAGAUGGACCCAUCAGAAUGGCCAGAGAAAAAAUAUCUUUUGUAUCAGGAGAGCCAGAGCAAGUCAAUCUCCCGCCUAAGGUCCACGGACAGUCUGGUGUUAUCCUCCCCAAUACAUCCCCAGGAAGAUACUCCACCCAGCAUGGACAUUGCACAGUGUCUGAAGUUGUUUCAGCCAGACGGUAGUGCUGUAUCUCAGAACCUCUCCCCUGUCAGGAAAAGGAAUACAAGUCGAUCUCGGGGGAAGCUGUCCAUGCAUCUCACUCCAUUUGUUGUGGGUCUACAGUGGCCGGACUGUCUGGAUCAGAAAGCACCGGACAUCUAUUACAACAAAGAUAAAAAGACAGAGAAGACCGAGGAACAGUGUAACAAGAUCUGUCAUCGUUACAUCACUAAUGACACACACAGUUCCUGCUCCUCACCGGUGUUUGUGGUCUCCAAAAAGCCCAAAAAACUUGGAAAAUAUGUGGAGGACAUGCUUCCCAAAACCCUGCGUAGAUCCCCAAGGAAAGUGGUCAAGGGUUCAGCAAGAGGAGUACAUACGUGGGGGGUCAGGUCUUCUCCGAGGAAGCUGCAGGAUAAAGUGGUGGAAUGUCAGAAGGUGAUACGGCAAUCCCCGACCAAAAAGGUCACCAAGCCAUGCUCCAGGGAGGUGGCCAGUGACACACACAGACGGCAGUCUUUGCCUUCUCUAGAAAUGAAACAACUGCAGCAGAAGGACAAUAUUCGCAGAAAAUCACUGACAGCUAUGCAGGCUGUAGACCCAGAAAAAGGUGGACGAAGAGAGUCGCGGUCAGAGAGACACAAGAGAAAAUUGGAGGAGAUAGUGACUGACGUGGUUCUUAAACAUGGCAUACAACGCGAGGACCCAAUCUACAAGGCUUGUAUACAGAAGCUCUUUAAAGUCACCAAACUCUUUGUCAUGGAUCUGCCAAAUUCUCAAAACUUGAGGACAGAAAUGAAAAGCAUUGCUGAGGGACAAGUCAAACAGGUGGUGGAUCUAGAAAAACGAAAGCAGAAAAAGUGAGAAUAUCAAUUUCAGAUAUUAAUGAGAAGGGAGUAGACAUUAAAAAGCGUGAAAGAAUUGUGACUAGAGAACCAGAAGAUCAUUGACUUGUGUGUUACAGUAAAGUUUGCAUUAGAAAAAGUGCAGAAUUCUCUUUAAAGAAAGUUGAAGUACUGAUGAGAAAUGCAUGAAAACAUUGAAGAAACAUCUAUAAGUCAGUUUUGAGCACUUUGUUCUUUUGUUCAGUGUACAUGAUCCUAAAAUCCGAUGGACUACUCUGUAAAUGCAAGUGAAAUACACACUAGAUAAUUUCUUUCCAGAGCAUAAGAUACAAGUUUUGGUACUAAAAUUCCCUAGUGGCAAGGGCAUGUACAAGUUGGUACGAGAUGAAAUGUUGUACAAGAGGGGAAGACAGUAAUUGAGCUAUUAGAGGAGGGCAGUAAUUGAGCUAUUAGAGGAGGGCAGUAAUUGAGCUAUUAGAGGAGGGCAGUAAUUGAGCUAUUAGAGGAGGGCAGUAAUUGAGCUAUUAGAGGAGGGCAGUAUUGUCCUUCAAUCACAUUCACCUUUAAUAUCAAUGUAAAGGAUUAUUUUGUAUGAAUAUUUAAAGCAUUCACAGACA